AUGUAUAUCGAAAGUGAUGUUAAGAUAAAGAACAAGAAAACAAAGAAUGUGUCUGAUGACGACUUAGUUAGACCAAAAAAAUCAUUCAACAAAGAGCAAAAUUAUGAAAAAACUACGAAAAAUUUUUAUGAAAAAGAAAGGGAAAUAAAUUUUAAAAAAACAACCCCACCACACGAUCAGGCCCAAAGAUUGGAUUUGGAAUUAUCACAUAUAAAACAAAAAGAAUCAAAAGUCAAAUCACAAACAGUUGGUUUAAAUGAUAUAUCGUUUGAAAACAUUGGCUUAAGAUCAGAGGUUUAUGAUGCUUUGAUUCAAGGACCAUUAAAAAAUAUAUCACAAAAUUCUUUGAAGCCGACUGAAAUACAAGCAUUGUCUAUACCACAAAUUUUGAAAUCAGAAGGCCAACAUAUUUUAAUUGCUGCUGAAACAGGCUCAGGUAAAACUUUAUCCUAUUUAUUGCCAAUAAUAAGUAAGCUUAAAGAACAAGAAGCAAAAGCUCAACCAUUAGAAUCUUUAUUAAAAUUAGUAGAAAAUAAAUAUAAUAAUGAUUUUAUGGGAAAUAUUAAUGAAAAUAAUUUAAAUAUUGACACUGAGAAUCCAGCUAUAACAAACAAGGAAUCUGAAUAUAUUUUAACUGAUUUGGACAAUGCAAAAGAAGAUAACGAAACAAUAAAUAAACAAAAAAUUAAUGAUGACGAAAAUUUGGUUGAUGAAUCAAGUGAAUCCUCGAACAAUAUUAAAAAUGCAAGCGAAAGAAAUGUGGAGGAGAAGGAUGAAUAUUCCGUUGAUUUAGAUUAUGUUGGAGAACAAUUAGAUCAUAAUAAAAACUCCAAAGACUCUUUUUUCCAACAAGAAUUAGAAAAAGAAAAACAAACAUUAUUAUUAAAAAAGUCAUCAAUACGUAAAUUUAAUAGUCCAAGAGCGAUAGUAUUAUUACCAUCAAGAGAAUUGGUAGAACAGGUACAAUCUGUUGCUAAAAUAUUAUCUCAUUUUGCAAGAUUUCGUGUAAUAUCAUUUACCUCAAAAAAUGAACGUCGUUUAAUUAGACGUAGUUUGGCUUUGCCAAUUGACAUGAUUAUAUCAACUCCGUCAAGUAUCCUUAAAUAUACCGAGGAUGGGCUAUUGAGCUUGUCAGAACUCAAAUAUAUGGUUGUAGAUGAAGCUGACACUAUGUUUAGCAAAGGGUUUGGUGAAGAGGUCAGAAAUAUUAUACAAAAAAUCAAAACAAUCGUUGAAAAACAAAAUGAAAAAUUAGAAAAACAACAAUCUACUUAUAACCAUUAUAAUAAAGUCGAUGCUUAUGAUGAUGAUUAUAAUAACAAAAAAAAUAAAGAAGACAUUAAUUAUAAGAAAAGAAAAUGGCAAUGUAUUGUCGUUACAGCCACUUUACCAAAGUCAAUUAAUGAAUUAUUAGAUGAAGAAUUGCCUUCUAUAAAACGUUUAACCAGUCAUUCGUUACAUAAAGUUUUACCAAAUCUUCAACAUGAAUUUAUUGAUAUGAAAACUUACAAUUUUAAUAAAUCUCAAGCUAUAUUAGAAGUGUUAAAGAGAAAUUACACUUCAUCAUCAAAUAAUGAUAGUAAUAAUAAUAAAUCACUUCAUAAAAGACCAUCAUCAUCAAUAUUAACCAACAACAGCAGUACAAUAGUAUUUUGUAACACAAGGGUAAGUUCAAGAGCCCUUGAAGCAUUUUUAAAGUCUAAAGGAUUUCCAGUGAUAGGUUUAUAUGGUGAUAUAGAUGAUCGUACAACAAAGUUGGAAGCAUUCAAAAAUCAAUCGUUAGAUGCUAAAGUUUUAGUUUGUACUGAUAUUGCUUCAAGAGGUCUAGAUACAACAUUUGUUGAUCAUGUUAUAUUAUAUGAUUUCCCUACUAAUAUGAUUGAUUUUUUGCAUAGAAUUGGUAGAACAGCUAGAAUUGGCAAAAGAGGUAAAGCUACUUAUUUCAUCACAUCAUCCAAUAGAAUCUUGGCAGAAAGAAUCAAAAGGAAUAUUAGAGAUAAUAGAGUUUUAUCAUGA